AUGAGUAAAGUAGCGGUUAUUGAGGGACCUGCUGCGGACAUGCAACGGAUUCUGAGGGCGAACAGGAUUAUGAUCGGAUGGACGGUUGUUUCUGCGAGAGAGAUACCGAGGCUACUAAGGUGUUUUAAAUGCCAUGGUAUUGGCCACAUAGCGGGUGGCUGCAAGCUCGUUGUGGGAGAUGGCGGAUUGUGUAGGAAAUGUGGGGCUGUAAGACACCACAUGAAAGACUGCCCAAACGAGCCAAAGUGUAGGCUCUGUGUGGAAGACGGUCUCUCCGAGAGUCAGACCGGACAUGUUGCGGCCUCUGUGAAUCUUAACCACUGUAGGCUGGCGCAUGACCUGCUAGCUGUCAGUGCAAGGGAGCAGGAAGCGGACAUAUUGGUGCUGUCCGAACCGUAUUUAACGCCAGAUAACUGGUUUACGGAUCUAACGGGUAGGGCUUCCAUCAGCAUCACCAAUACAGGUAUAGCUAAAAGCAGGAAGUUAACGGUCCUGAGCUGUGAUAAGGGCUUUGUCUGCAUCAAUUACAACGAUAUAUGCAUAAUGAGCGUAUAUGCCUCCCCCAACGAUAGUAGCCAAGCUUUUGAGGCACAACUAGCGUCGAUGGAGAUGUUUCUAGCUGGUAUUAAGGGGACUUUAUCCAAGGUCAUAGUCGCAGGUGAUUUCAACGCUAAAUCGCCACUGUGGGGGUCGAAGAAUUGGUGCAGUAGAGGCAGGACCCUGUACCAGUGGUGUAAUGGGUUGGGACUGACCCCCACCAUAGCAAAAGGAGGUGUUACUUGUGAUAGGGGAGGGGGGUCAGUGGUUGACCUCCUUUUCUGUAGCAACGACGCCAUGAAACUUCAUGUAUCAUCGGAUGUAUUGGACAUAUACACGGCAUCGGACCACAGGUAUAUUGUGCGAAAGUUUGGCAGGGCUAAGACGGAUUCCAUGAGGGAGAAGGACCCGUUUGACCUAGGAAAACCAAAAAUUGAUGAAGCUGGACUUCUGGAGGAACUUAUCCGGAAAUACAGGGACGAGGCCUACGACAAGAGAGUUAAAACGGGCACUACGUUGGAGGUAGACAAGUUUAUUGAGGACGUGGAUAGACUGGUUAACAAGUAUACUUCUUAUAGAGGCCCAUACAAGGGUAACAAAACACCUGUAUACUGGUGGAAUGAGGAUACGGCUAGAUGCAAAAAAGAGGUAAACAAGGCGAGGAGGAGAUACACUAGGUUAAGGGCUAAGGGUAAUGAGAGAGAUAUAGAGGAGGCGUAUAAGGUAUAUAAGACGGCACAGAAAACAAUGAAGCGUGCGGUGGAAAAAGCCAAAAAAACUAGUUGGAAAAAUAUGCUAACGGAUAUUGACAAGGAUAUAUGGGGGAGACCGUACAAGGUGGUCACAUGGAAACUGAAGGGAAAGGGUAGUAAGCCAGAUAUACUGAGUGCCGAAGAAGUAGAGUCAGUGGUAAAGAAAUUAUUUAUCCUGUCCCCUCCGAGGCUGGAUACACCUGAAAAAAACGCUGAAAUAGUGGUUAGAACUGUUGAAAAUGAAGAUGAAGUUAUAUACUUACCUGAUGAACCUGGAUGUACUGGAGCACCUGAAAAAGAAAAUAACAAUGAUUGGAAUGGAGAGAGAAGAGGUACGGGAUACUUACCUGGGGGACCGAGAGAGAUACCUGAAAGAGAAACAGAAAUUAGAGAGAGAGAAAUUAAUGUGGAAGAAGAACUGCCAGAUGUACCUGUUCCUGUACCUGUCACGCUUGAGCACCGAAGAGUGGGAGGGAUUACCCCCGAAGAGAUUACCUUAGUGGUGAGAUGCCUACCAGUUAAUAAAGCGCCUGGGCCUGAUAGGAUGCCUACAGGAUAUUGGCCAAGGUCGUGGAAGACCGGACGUUUGGUCCUACUACCUAAAGGGAAGGCGACAAGAGCAGAUGAGAGGGCAUAUAGGCCCCUGUCGGUAAUCUCCUGCCUGGCGAAAAUACCGGAAAAACUUGUUAAGACGCGUAUUUUAAGAGAAUUAGAAAAUAAUGACCUGGCCGAUAAUCAAUAUGGCUUUAGGAAAGGUCGCUCAACGCUCGACGCAAUGGACAAAGUGGAUGGCAUCUGGCAAAAAGCCCGCAAAGAUAGAAGGCACUGCCUCCUGGUCCUGUUGGAUGUAAAAAAUGCAUUUAACACGAUCAGGUGGGGCAGUAUCAUUAGGUGCUUAGAGGAAAGAGGAUUUGCACCAGAGCUUGUUAACCUGAUACGAAGCUACCUGGAUGAAAGGUGGAUAGUCUAUAAUGCGGCGGAGGGGGAACUCAAUUUCCAGGUGUUUGGGGGGGUUCCACAGGGCUCCGUCAUCGGCCCAAUUCUGUGGAACUUGGUAUACGACGGCUUACUGAGGGUGAGACUGCGCAGAGAUGUGCACCAGGUAGCGUAUGCGGAUGACAUUGGUAUUGUCAUCGUUGAUGUCGAUUUGGCUAGACUGGUGUAUGUAGCACAGGAGACCAUCAAAGACCUGGGGAUAUGGUACAAGAGUGAGGGGCUGAGUCUGGCGCACCAUAAGACGGAAGCCAUCUUGUUGACGGGAAGGAAGGUAGCGGGUGGCCUUAGCGUGAUAUGUGGGGAUGCGGAGAUCAGAACUGCACGUACGGCACGGUAUCUGGGCCUUAUAUUGGGCAUGAACCAUGGUUUUAAGAGUCAUAUUGAAACCGCCUGUAGCAGGGCUCUUAAAUAUGCAGGUGUGUUGGCUCAUCUGAUGCCCAACCUUGGUGGUGCAGGAAAUCUGGCCUGGAGGUUGUUUUAUAGAGUAGUAGAGUCGGUGAUACUCUAUACGGCCCCGCUAUGGGUUGGUGGUCUGGAGCUUAGAACAAAUUGCAACCUGUUGUCUAGCACACAGCGUACCGCGCUGCUAAGGGUAGCGCAAGCCUAUAGAACAACAUCAUGGGAUGCACUCUGUGUAAUAACAGGACAGAUACCCAUCGACUUGCUGUUGAAGGAAAGAGCACGCAUUUACGCGAAAAGGAAGGAAAAUAGGGAACUCAGUAAUGAGGAGAUCGCCAGGAUCAAGAAAGAAGAGAGGGAGGUGACAAUGGAUACCUGGGAGAGGAGAUGGACAGCGUCGACGAAGGGUAGGUGGACCUUCCAACUGAUUCCCAACAUAAGGGAGUGGGUUACAUGGGGACCAAAGUUUCUGAGCUACCAUGUGACCCAAGUUUUAACGGGUCAUGGGUGUUUUGGGUCGUAUUUAUUGAGGAUUGGCAAACAGGAAAACGCAUUUUGUUGGUUCUGCGAGGGACACGAAGAUAAUCCAGAACAUUUUUUACUUCAUUGUAGUCGCUGGCGGGAAAAAAGAGCAACACUGAAUGCUACCAUAGGUGAAAAUCUAGGUGUUGGAAACUUCAUCAGGCUAUUUGGUGACAGCAGAAGUAGAGAACAGAUAAUCAUGUUUUUCAAAUCUGACAAAGGGCACUUUAGUUCGACUAUAGUUUUACCCCUGGAGCAUGGUCAUGUACACCUUUAUAAGCUGACGAAAAUUAAAUAG